AUGGCGGCACUGCUAGUUUCCUCUCCUUCACCACCACCAAAACUCACAUCGAGGAAUGCAUGGGUCGUAAAGAAAGUUCGUGACAAGGAUUUUGAUGAUAUUUUCGAACCCAUUGAACAGAAUCCGUCGCUAGUCUGGGAGACGAAUUCACGUGGAUGGACAUGUCUUCACAUUGCAUGCGCCUCUACCAUUCCGCAACGGUGGUGGGAAUGGCUCUUGCAUCAAGCAUGUGCGGGGCAUGACAAGCUCCGAUUAGCGCAGACAGAGAAUGGCCAAACACCAAUCGAUCUUUAUUUCCGAAAAAAUCUAUUUCCAUAUGUAUGGCAAGAUCGGGGGCAAAAAGAAAGUGCCAAGGAACUGCUGGAUGCCAUUGCUACGAUUGCAAAAUCCAAACCUUUAUUGGAUCAACUUAGGUUGUGCAUAAUACACGGCAAAAUCAACAACAGCAACAACAACAAUGGUGACCACCAUGAGAUAAUCCAAAGAGUAUAUGCCUUCUGGCAACGAUUGGAGUGUCUAGUGACUGUCGCCCACUAUGGAAGACUCAAUAUCGUUUGUCGGCAAAAGCUUAGAACGGAGCUCGUGCUGGCAUUGGCGAACCUAUCUUGGUGCCCACAAGCCGUUGCGGACCUAGCGGUCAGACUCUUUCCUCAACAUUUCAAUCAUCCUCACGGAUACCAUGCCCUUGAGAUUUGGGCUGCCACUAAAUCCUCCUUUGAACGAUACCCUCAAGGUGAUUGUGGAUCUCUACGCGUCCUCUGCGAGUACUAUUACCGAUCUGCACCAACUACUCCACCCACAACAUCCCCGUUGAAUGUGGCAUUGCAAAUGGGAAAGCGCUGGUCAGAAAUUAAACCCCUGUUUGAAACCUUCCCUGAUACCAUACUCGAGCGUGACGAACUCACAAAUCUACCAGUCUUUUGUCUGCCUGCGGUAGUACCCAUGGACGAACAUCAAGUGGAAAUGACCGCGCGAUGGGGUGGGCAACAGACUGGGAUAUGGCAUUAUUUGUCUCAGAGGGAAAAGGAGAAGGAGCUUGUCAAAGCACGGGAAAUGGUAGACCGCGAACGAUUGGAGACGAUUUAUCAACUUCUUCGGAGGAAUCCGUCGGCGGUGAGUUUGGCAUGA